GUCUGGGCGCGCAGUUCAGUUUAGCUUCUCCGCAAUGGACCGAUGGCCCGGCGGGAUGUGGGCGCGCAUGAACCGCGCGGCUGAGGAGUUUUACGCUCGUCUUCUGCAGGAAUUUAAUGAAGAAAAGAAAGGCGUCUGUAAAGACCCAUUUAUCUAUGAGGCUGAUGUACAAGUGCAGUUGAUCAGCAAAGGCCAACCAAAGCUUCUGAAAACUAUUCUACGUGAAAAUGACUUAGUGUUUCUUGUGGAAAAAGUGGUUUUGGAGAAGGAAGAAACAAGUCAUGUUGAAGAACCACAGUCUGAAGAAACUGCUAUUUCUGAUCUCUCUACUGGUGAAAAUAUUAGGCCACUGGCCUUACCAGUUGGGAGAGCAAGGCAGUUAAUUGGGCUUUAUGCCAUGGCUCACAAUCCUAAUAUGACCCAUUUGAAGAUUAAGCAGCCAGUGAUUGCCCUUCCUCCUCUUUGGGUGAGAUGUGACAGUUCAGAUCCUGAAGGUACCUGUUGGCUAGGAGCUGAGCUUAUCACAGCAAAUGACAUCAUUACAGGCGUUAUCUUCUACGUGGUCACUUGUAAAGCUGAUAAAAAUUACUCUGAAGAUCUGGAGCAUCUAAAAACUUUACACAAGAAAAGACAUCACUUGUCUGCUGUGACAGCCAGGGGCUUUGCCCAGUAUGAGCUCUUUAAGUCUACUGACUUGGAUGACACUGUCACCCCAUCACAAACUUCGGUCACUCUGGAUCUUUCUUGGAGCCCUGUGGAUGAAAUUCUUCAGACCCCUCCCCUGUCUUCAUCUGCAGCUCUGAAUAUCAGAGUUCAAUCAGGAGAGCCCAGAGGUUGUUUGAGUCAUCUUCACAGAGAACUGAAAUUUCUCCUUGUUUUGGCUGAUGGCAUCAGGACUGGUGUAACCGAAUGGCUCGAACCUCUGGAAACAAAAUCUGCUGUUGAAUUUGUGCAGGAAUUUUUGAAUGACUUAAAUAAGCUGGAUGGAUUUGAUGAUUCUACAAAAAAAGACAAACAAAAAGAGGAAGUGAACCAUGAUGCAGCUGCAGUUGUCAGGUCUAUGCUGGUCACGGUUCGGGGGGAUCUCGACUUUGCUGAACAGCUUUGGUGCAGAAUGAGCAGCAGUGUGGUUUCAUAUCAAGACUUGGUGAAGUGUUUCACAUUGGUCCUGCAGAGCCUGCAGCGUGGUGACAUACAGCCGUGGCUGCACAGUGGGAGUCACAGUUUACUCAGUAAGCUCAUUCAGCAGUCUUACCAUGGGGCCAUGGACAGCGUCCCUCUCUCUGGAACUGCUCCACUGCAGAUGCUUUUGGAAAUCGGUUUGGACAAACUGAAGAAAGAUUAUAUCAGCUUUUUUGUCAGUCAGGAACUUGCAUCUUUGAAUCAUUUGGAAUACUUCACUUGUCCAUCAGUGACGACCCAGGAGCAGGUCUCCCGUGUUCAGAAACUCCACCAUAUUCUUGAGAUAUUAGUCAUCUGCAUGCUUUUCAUUAAACCUCAGCACGAGCUGCUCUUUUCUUUGACACAAUCCUGCAUAAAAUAUUACAGACAAAAUCCUCUUGAUGAGCAACACGUUUUUCAGCUGCCAGUCACGCCAGUGGCUGUAAAGAGUUUGUAUCAGAGUGAGAAGCCACAGAAAUGGAGCGUGGAACUCAGCAGUAGUCAGAAGAGGGGGAAGACGGUGUGGCAGCUGAGUGACAGCUCCCCUGUGGACCAUCCCAGCUCCCACAGGCCUGAGUUUUCUGAGUUGACACUGAAUGGCAGCCUGGAAGAAAGGGCUGCCUUCAUUAGCAUGGUUACCUGCAGCCAGGUGCACUUCAAGUAAUGCGCACUGAGGGUCCUUGCGAGGUGUCUUCUCUCAG